AUGUUGGCGGAACAGCUGAAGUUGAUUCGUAUCGGGAGUUUGCGAGCUUUAUCACCAAGCCGUUACCGGCGUGGACAAUCGGAGUCGUCGGCAGCGCCACCAUCGGCUCCGCCGGUUUUGGCUCCAGUGCCAGCGUUUCAGUAUAAUGUUGGCGGAACAGCUGAAGUUGAUUCGUAUCGGGAGUUUGCGAGCUUUAUCACCGAGCCGUUACCGGCGUGGACAAUCGGAGUCGUCGGCGGCGCCACCAUCGGCUCCACCGGUACUGGCUCCAGUGCCGGCGUUUCAGGGUUUGAAGAGUCUCAAUUUUAA